UAAACAGACUCAUGCAGUGACGAAUUAGCUGUUAACAAAAUCGGGCAGAAAACAAAGGGAUUGAAGAAUAAAAAGUGAAGAAAUCAGAUCAGAUCGAAAGUUAAACAAGUUAAAGUGAAUUAUUGUUAAAGUUUCUAGUGAUAAUGGUUUCUGUCCAGACGAUAGCCACGAUUGUGGUGAAAGUGUUUAAAAUUGUAUUGAACAUAAUCAUCCUAGUGCUGUAUCGUACUGGAUUCAAUGGCGAGUUCCUGGGGGUGGGAGGAACGUGGAACCUCAACGAAGAAAAGAACCCAGAUGCUGAGAUCGUCGCUUCAGGUGUCAUUGUUGGUUACCUUAUCUACACCCUCGUUCAACUUGUCACGUUCCUCUUCGGUACCACAGAACACAAGAGGGCAUUAUCAGAGAUUGUGAUGAACUUCAUCGGAGUGUUCAUGUGGAUCGCAGUAGGAGCAGUGGCCCUACAUUACUGGGGUGGCUACCAAGGCGAGCACCAGUUCCAGUUCGUCUUUGCCGAGAGACAGGUUGGCUUAGCAGUCGGUGCGUUGUGCGUUAUCCAAGGGGCUGUAUACCUUCUCGACACGGCGUUGUCCGCUAUACAUUUCUCGAAAGAAAUGUAAAAAUUCUAUUUUUAUCAAUAUAGAUGUAUUUUGUAUUACAUGA